AGGUUUUCACUUUGCUUUGCACUUUUUUGCAAACCCAUCUCUCUCUCUCUCUCUACUUACCCUAUACCCUACCCUACACACUCUUCCCUUCUUCAAUUUUGACACACGCACCACCCCUUCCUUUUUUCCUUCACGUUUUUUGUCACCAACAAGGAACAACCAUAUACCAUCAUCAACCUUCACUUUUUCCCUUAAUUGCCUUCUUUGUUUCAUAUGCCAAAAACCCUCUUCUUUUUUCAACACACCCCUUCUGUUUCCUUAAUCUCCUCUUUCCCAAUGUCUAUUUCAUCACUCACUAUUCCUUUCUUCUCUUGUCUUGUUCCUCUCUUACCACCUUAGCCCUUUCAAUAUUUCUUUUUCACCUUUCUUCAUAAAUUUUCUUCCAAGAUACCAUUUUUAUCAUUGCAAAAACAAUUGGGUAUGUUCAAAAUUUAAUCUUUGAUUCUUGGGUAGUUUUUUUUGUUUUUGAGAUGGGAUCAACAAAGCGCAUGUUAUGGGAUGAACAAGAAAAAUCCAUGGUUGGAGCUGUUCUUGGUGGUCGAGCUUUGGAUUUUUUGAUAACAAAUUGUUUAUCAAAUGAGAGUGUGUUAAUUGGUGUUGGUGCUACUGAUGAUUCUCUUCAAAACAAGCUCUCUGAUCUUGUUGAAAAUUCAUCCAAUUUCAACUGGAACUAUGCUAUUUUCUGGCAACUUUCUCAGUCAAAAUCCGGUGAUUAUGUUCUUGGUUGGGGAGAUGGGUGUUGCAGAGAACCAAGUGAAGAAGAAGAACAAGAAAGUGGUGGUGGAGUUAAAGGAAUUCUCAGUCUUGGCAUGGAGAAAAAUGAAGAAGAACAAGAAGAUGGGGUGAAGCAGAAUAUGAGAAAGAGGGUUUUGCAGAAGCUACACACAGCUUUUGGUGGUUCAGAUGAAGACAAUUACGCUUUUGGCCUUGACCGUGUAACCGACACAGAGAUGUUCUUUUUAGCUUCUAUGUACUUUUCUUUUCCAAAAGGGUAUGGUGGACCCGGUAAGUGUUUUGCUUCUGCUAAACAUUUAUGGUUCAAAUCUGUUUCUGAUUACUGCGUUCGUUCUUUCUUGGCUAAAUCUGCUGGAAUUCAAACUGUUGUUUUAGUACCUACUGAUUUUGGUGUUCUUGAAUUGGGUUCUGUUAGAAUUUUACCUGAAAACUUUGAAUUGUUAAACACUGUUAAUUCUUUGUUUUCAAUUUCAACUUCAACUUCCACCACACAAUCAUCAUCAUUGUAUCCUAGAGUUAUCAAUGAAGGAAGAGAUGAAAGUGGUAUUUCAAAUUCUGUUCAAAUUCCAAAGGUUGUUUUGAGUUUGAACAAUAAUGGUCGUACACAUUUUAGGGAGAAACUUGCUAUUAGGAAAAUGGAUCAUAGUAGCAGCAUUAACUUUCCUAGUGUUAGAAAUGGUGUUUGUGGUUCUUCUAGUUGGGGAGUGAACCAAGGUCAAGGUGAAAUUUUUGCUCCUAAUGGUGUCAGAAAGGAUUUUAGGCUCAAUAACAAUAAUAGCAACUAUCAACCACAAAGGCAGGUUCAAAUGCAAAUGGAAAUUGAUUUUACUGGAGCGAAUUUGAGGGCUAAUUCUGUGAGACCGGUUAUUGGUGAACCGGAACUUGCUGCUGCUGAUGUUGAGGCUGAUCAACCUAGUGAUGGAAGGAGGCCGAGGAAGCGCGGAAGGAAGCCUGCUAAUGGAAGGGACGAACCGCUCAAUCAUGUGGAGGCGGAGAGACAAAGGCGUGAGAAGCUUAAUCAGCGUUUUUACGCUUUAAGAGCUGUUGUACCUAACAUCUCCAAGAUGGACAAGGCAUCCUUACUUGGUGAUGCCAUUGCUUACAUCAAUGAGCUUCAAGCGAAACUCAAUGUCAUGGAGUCUGAGAGAGAGACAUUUGGAAGCAGCACUUCGAAGGAUGGAUCGGCCAACUCGAGAUCAGAAAAUCGUCAUCAGAACAUUAGAGUUCCUCCUCCUGAUGUCGAUAUUGAAGCUUCUAAGGAUGAGGUAACUGUGAAGGUGAGUUGUUCUCUUGAUACUCAUCCUGUUUCGAAAUUAAUGGAAACAUUCAAAGAGGCACAAAUCAGUGUUGUGGAGUCGAAACUCGCUGCUGCAAAUGAUACUAUCUACCAUACUUUUGUAAUUAAAUCACAAGGAUCUGAAGAGCUUACUAAGGACAAGUUGAUUGCAGCAUUUUCCCGAGAAUCCAACGCUUUACAGAUAUAAAACUUUGUCCAUAUAGGCAUGAAUAUGAUACAUAGAGAAGGAACCAAUUUCUAAAGCUUCCUAAGAAAUUUUUGUUGUGCAGCUGAAGAUCUAAAGAGCAAAGCAGAUGGAACUAGAGAAGUAGAAUAAUAAUAAUAAUAAUAUAUAGCUCCUAUUAAUUAACCAACCGUGUAUAGGGCAACCAAUUUAUGUUUGUCUAUAGUAUACACAGUUUAAUUAUCAGAAAUAUUGUUCCUGCAAUGUCCAUUGUUUUAUUUAGUUCAACCAAUGUAAUUGACAUGGUAAAAGGAUCUUAUGUCUCUUCAUGCAA